AUGGAGAUCAACAUUCAAAUCAAGAAUGUGCAAAAGCCGGAGGAUAGGCUCAGCACUUCGGAGUUCCAGCAGGUGAUCGGGCUUGCACUUUGGAGUCCUGCAGGUGAUCGGGCUCAGCGCUUUGGAGUUCCAGAGUUCCAGCAAGCGAUCGGGCUCAGCACUUCGGAGAUCCAGCAGGUAAUCGGGCUCAGCACUUCGGAGUUCCAGCAAGUGAUCGGGCUCAGCACUUCGGAGUUCCAGCAGGUAAUCGGGCUCAGCACUUCGGAGUUCCAGCAAGUGAUCGGGCUCAGUACUUCGGUGAUCGGGCUCAGCGUUCCCUCGACGAGGUGCAUGUGUGUGGGGAACCCAAACUACAACGGGAGUGUUCGCUUGCAGUAUACAGCAGGGGGUGCCGGGGAUACUGAUGAGUCCGGCACUAACAAAGACGCUCAUCGGCUAUCCGUGAUAUGGCAGAAGGACGCUUCUGCCACGCCGAUGGGUUCAAUUUCCAUCGUGAUGGAGUUCUUCGUUACAAAUCUGGACGAAGCGACACCAGGCCUGAUUCGAGGACAGUGUGCUACAGCUGCUCUGACAAAAUUUGUCGCUGGAACCAUGUUGGGUGGCAGGCCUGGGAAGAAACAGUUCAGCUGCCUGCACCGGCUUCGCCCUGAAAUCAGUGUCAUAUUGAACGACGUUACGCAGCCACCUGAAGUGCUGGACUCCUUCCACAAGGUCUUGGGCCGGAGAGAAUGCGUGCUAUGGACGACAGGCAUAGAGAUGGUCAUUGCUGCAGUGUCCUUUGUCGGAUUUGAUAUUCGUCGGAGCCCGCUGGUCCUCAUCGUCAGCUCCGUUCUCCUCCUGUUAGCAGCCAUUGGGUUUCACGGUGCCCUAGUCGUGAGCCAGCUUCACAUCUUCAUGCACAUGCUUCUGGCGACGUCGAUUCCAGCAGCAGUCUGCAUCAACUUCGCAGUCGAAGACUUUGCAGGUGUGUUUGAUGGCAAGAGCCAGACACCAUCUUGGCUGUUGCUGCUGCUCCUGACGCUUCCAUACGUCGUGUUCCUCUGCCUUGCGCUGGUGAGCUUCAUGCUGGGAAUUGCGGUGGCUGAGCUCAAGCAGAAAAUAGCUGAGGAGAAUUCGAGUGAUUUCAGCAGCGACGGUUUGGAAGUCAUGGCUGAACGUGCAGCUGGGCAGGAUAUCUGCUGCAUUUGCGUGGCAGUGCCAAAAGACACAGCUCUCGUGCCAUGUGGUCACAAGGCUAUGUGCUGGAGCUGUGCUGAGCAAGUUCGACUGCGAGGACUCGGGUGCCCUGUGUGUCGAGCUCCGAUUUCCGCAGCCAUGCGGGUCUUUGAUUCUU